UUGACUGCCAUUGCUGCUGCUUUCCUCGUACUCACGAUCACGUUCACCAGUCUGCGUUUCCUCGUCAGAGGAUACAUGAUUCGUGCUUUGGGUUGGGACGAUUGGUUGAUACUGCUUGCACUCAACAGCUUCAUCUGUCAAGCUGCCUUCCUUGUGCAUAUUGCAUGGAUGGAGCAAAACAAAGACUUGAGUCUGGAGAAACCCCUGUCUGAUGCUCUGGAGUAUGUUGUCCUUGAGUUUGCCUUCUACAUUUUCACCACCUUCGCGCUGAAGCUGUCGCUGGCCGUGUUCUUUCUACGAAUUGUUCUGGAAAAGUGGCAGCGCCAAGUCAUCAUCAUCAGCACCGUCGUCUUCUCAUUAUAUACAUUCAGCUUCUUCCUUGUCGCUGUGUUCCAGUGUGGUUCUCCGGCCCAAUACCUUCUGCACAAAGUCCAAGGAAAAUGUGUAUCCUGGAGCGUUCUUGGCCCCAUGAAUUAUACCCAUGGAGUCCUGAACGCCUUGACUGAUUGGAUCUUUGUGUCUUUCCCGAUCUUGGUCGUUCGCAGAGCCAACAUGAGUAGCAGAGAUAAGUGGUCAGUGGUCUUUGUCCUCGUCAUUGGUGUCCUCGGCAGUGUGGCAUCAGUGGUCCGCCUCUUCUAUAUCAAUGAUCUCAACUCUGGCGACAAGAAUGCCAUAGCCUUCUUUGCGCAAGCACCAAGUAUUGCGAUCUUGAGCACGAUCGAGCCUGGCAUGGGUAUUACAGCAGCAUGUAUGGCGACUUUGAAGCCUCUGUUCAAAGCUGUCCUGGAUCACACCCGCUUCCACGUCCCAAGCAGCUCUGACAAGAACAAGCUUUCGAGUGCAGAGCGCGGUAUCCAUACUCCUAGUGGAGUCAUG